AUGGUGCUCAGCACGGAGUGGUCCCAGGUGGAGAUAAUCGAUCUGAUCAACGAUGGUAACGGGCUCGGCUUUAUGCUGGUCGGGGGCCGCAGCACGGGCGUGGUGAUAAAGGCGCUCAUACCCGGCUCGGUGGCCGAGCGGGACGGUCGUCUGCAGAGCGGCGACCACGUGCUGCAGAUCGGUGACGUGAAUCUGCGCGGGUUCAGCUCGGAGCAGGUGGCCACCGUGUUGCGGCAGUCGGGCCAGCAGGUGCGCCUGAUAGUGGCGCGCCCGGUCGAGCCGACCUCGCCCGACUACCAGGCCCUCGCCAGCCAUGCACCGAUCAUCCCCACGAAGAUGCUCACCGAUCCGGACGAGCUCGACCGGACGCUGCUCCAAACGGCCGGCUACACGUCCGGGGCCUUCCUGCAGCCGGGCGGUGCGCUCGCACCGGCGGCGCUGGGAUUGCUGGCGGCCACGACGACAACCGCAACCGCCACCGGCGAUCCGACGGCCGGUGGUGUCCUCUGCCCGACGCACAUCGAGGUCGUCGCCGUCAACAACAGUCUCAACAGCAACGGCACGGUUGGCUCGCUCGACUCAACGAACGGCGGCCCGAUGGCGCUCAUCUCUCCCACCUCCAUCGCGCUGCCCGCCCUGCCACCGCACCAGCUCCACUGCCAAGCGAUCUCGACCCUCAACUCGCUGCUGGCGGACAACGGUGGCGAGGGUGUGGUGAGCGAGCCGCUCGGGACGCCCCAGUCCCCGCAGUACAGCGAGCUGGACGGCGCCCCGCCCGAUACGCCCGAGACGGAAACGUACGAGGUCGAGCUGCGGAAAAAUGUGUACGGACUGGGCAUCACCGUGGCCGGGUACGUCUGCGAGGAGGAGGACCUGUCCGGCAUCUUUGUGAAGAGCAUCAUCGAGGGCAGUGCGGCGGAGAUGAGUGGCAAGAUAGCGAUCAACGAUCGGAUCGUCGCCGUGGACAACCGCUCGCUGGCCGGGGUCACCAACCACCAGGCGGUGGAGAUCCUGCGCAACACCGACAUAGCGGUGCGACUCACGCUCGAGCGGUUUCUGCGUGGCCGAAAGUACGAGCAUCUGCAGGUGGCCCUCAUCGACCCGAUGGUGCCGACGGCUGCGCCCCAGACCAGUGCCGCGGCAAGCGUGUCCACCGCCUGUCACGCCGCCGGCGACCGGGGAAGAAGCAACGGCACGACGCACACUACUUCCCAUCCCGGCCGCGUCGGCAGUGGUGGCGAUCUGGUGGGGAUGGUGCUGUCCCACUCACAGACACUCUCGCACUGCGCUUCGCAGUGCCAGUCGCAGCGGUGCUCGAUCGUGCAGUCCCCGUCGGCGACGACGCUCUCCAUCUGUCCGGCCCGGUCGGACGCCGACUCCAUACUGACGGAGUGCGGUGCGUACGAGUGCGGCGGUAUCGAGCCCGAGCUGGAAUCGGGCACAACGUUCGACUCGAGCGUGUUCGCACUGGAGAACGGCACGGAGGCACCACCGUCCGUUGACGAGCCGCUGCUGGACGCGGAGGACGACCGCCAGAAUGGCGCCGCGGACGGUCACCGGGCGCUGUACGCGAAUGGGUCGGUGCUGGCGAGGGCGGGGUCGGCGACCACACCGCUAGCGGCCGCCGACAGUGACAGCUGUGAUACGCGGACGGCACGGGGAACGGAACCGGACCCGGUGGUGCAGCGAUGGUCCCGCGAGGUCCCGCACAGCCAAAUCGUGGUGGCCGACAUCCGCAAGCUCGCCGGCCUCGGCAUCAGUCUCGAGGGCACGGUCGAGGUGGAGGGCGGUGUGGAGGUGCGCCCGCAUCACUACAUCCGCUCGAUCCUGGAGGACGGGCCGGUCGGGCGCGACGGCCAGCUGAAGCCGGGCGACGAGCUGCUCCAGGUGAACGAGCAUCGGCUCCAGGGCCUGAAGCACAUCGAGGUGGUGAAGAUACUGAAGGAGCUACCGGCGCAGGUGCGCGUGAUCUGCGCGCGCGGCAGCUCACCCCCCACUGUGAUCAACACGUCGCGCAACGCGGAAGCGUUCGAGGCGCGCAGCAUACUGGCGGGCGGGCUGCAAAGCCUCCAGUGCCUGCAGGGCAUCCUCACGAAGGCGCAGUCGGAGAGUUCGCUCUACACGUCCAGCACGGCCACCCUCACCGACCAGCAGCGGUCCAAGUCGGUGGAGCAGGUGUCCGGGCUGGCGCUCUGGACGAACGACGUGCUCUACUGCGACAUCGAGAAGACGGAGCGUGGCUUCGGCUUUUCCAUACUCGACUACCAGGACCCGCUCGACACGGACGGCACGGUGAUUGUGGUGCGCGGGCUCAUCCCGGGCGGCUCGGCCGAAACGACCAACUUCAUCUUUCCCGGCGACCGGCUCGUCUCGGUCAACGGGCACAGCCUGCAGAGCGCCACGCUGGACCAGGCGGUCAGCGUACUGAAGGGCAUACCGCUCGGCCCGGCCCGGAUCGGGCUGUGCCGGCCCCUGUCGACGUCCGACAACAAUCUGUCCUCCACGCCGGAAACACCAACCACCUAG